UAGCGUUAUGUAUACAUGGGUAGCCAGCCGGACAUUUUGGAGUUUGUGGCGUAUAAAAGAUGUACACUAGCACUCAGCCUUUAGGGCAGCAGUACUCGCAGUAGACUGAAUGGGUAGUAGAAGUGGCAGCCAAUGUCCUUGAGCACGAGGAAGACUGUGUCUGGAGGACCUGUCACAGGAGCAACACUUUAGAUAAGUACUAGGAAGACCAAAUACUAGAUGGAAGAUAGUCGUUCUUCCUAAUUUUGAUACCAGUGCCUGUCCAUCGAGCUUCACGAGCAUGUCGAUUCUUGUCCUCCAUGAUAUGAUCGAUGCAAGAGAGUCAACAAGAGAGUAUGAAGGGCGCCAGCGGACAAAAUUCACAGCGGUCCACGCGCGAGCCCUGGUUGAGUUUUACUCCCGGGUUAAUUGGGUUUAAGAGAGAGAGAUGCGAGUCAUUGACGAGACACCGUUGGAACCAAGUCCUGGGGACUUGCUCCCCUGGUGGUAGAGGCCUUAUCAGCUUCGGUCGGGAGGAUGGCCUGAAUCAUAGGGGCCUGAGGGUCACACCAAGAAUAUUGCUGAAGGAUAACACUGCCUCAACGGUUCAGGAUGUCGCACAAAAAACAAACGAGAUUGCUGUUUUCACUGGGGGUGAUGGUACUACCACCGCAACCGUCCUCGCUCGUGCUAUCUACGCUGAGGGUGUCAAAAAUGUUGCUGCAGGAUGCAAUCCUAUGGACCUCUGUCGCGGUGCUCAAGCAGCCGUUCAAAAAGUGGUUCAGUUCUUGGAGGCCAAUACCAAAACUAUUACCACCACCGCUGAGAUUGCACAGGUCGCCACCAUCUCUGCUAACGGUGACGAGCACAUCGGUGGGUUGAUUGUGCAAGCAAUGGAGAGAGUUGGAAAGGAGGGUGUCAUCACCGUAAAAGAGGGUCGGACAACCGAGGACGAGAUUGAAGUGACAGAGGGCAUGCACUUUGACCGCAGUUAUAUCUCCCCAUACUUCAUCACCAACGUCAAGACUCAAAAAGUUGAUUUCGAAAAGCCCUUCAUUCUCCUCUCUGAGAAGAAAAUCUCCUCAUUGCAGGACAUCCUCCCAUCUCUCAACACUGCUGCCUCUGCUCUCAGACCACUGGUCAUCAUUGCAGAGGAUUUAGAUGGUGAAGCCCUCGCAGCUUGCAUCCUAAACAAGCUCUGUGGCCAGCUCCAGGUUGUAGCCGUCAAAGCACCCACGCAUGCAACAGCUGACCUCCUGGGCAGCACUGGUAGCAUCACCAUCACCAAGGAGGACACCAUUGUCCUCAAUGGUGCCGGCUCCAAGGAUGCCAUCUCUGCAUGGUGUGAGCAAAUCCACGCACUCCUGAACGACCCUACCACGUCUGAGUUCGACAAGACCAAGCUCCAAGAACGUCUCGUGAAGCUCUCAGGAGGUGUUGCUGUCAUCAAAGUUGGUGGAUCAUCUGAAGUUGAGGUUGGAGAGAAGAAAGACUGGUACGACGAUGCACUUAACACAACAUGUGCAGCUGUUGAGGAAGGUAUCCUCCCAGGCGGCGGUGUCGCACUUCUCAAGGCCAGCCUUGUGCUGAAGACUGCCGCACCUGGCGAACCUGCCUCCUCCGAUCCUGACAUCAUCCCAACUGCCAACUUUGACCAAGGCCUUGGCAUCAGCAUCAUCCGCCACGCAUUAGCACAGCCCGCACGCACAAUCCUCACCAAUGCGGGUGAGGAAGCCAGCGUCAUUGUCGGCACGCUCAUCAACUCAUCCAACAACUCAUUCACAUACGGUUACGACACAUCGAAGGGUGAGUAUACCAACAUGAUCACACGUGGUAUCGUCGACCUGCUCAAGGUCGUACGGACAGCGCUCCUGGAUGCUGCAGGUGUCACGAGCUUACUGACAACAAGCGAGUGCUGCAUUGUAGAUGGCGAGGAGGAGAAACCUGCUGGUGGUAUGGGUGGUGGCAUGGGAGGUAUGGGCAGCAUAGGAAUGGGCAGGUUCUAA